AUGACGGAGGCACAUUUCAAGUAUCAUGGAACUCUCGCUGGGUGGACCCAUUUCCCCACCCCAGCAACUGAGGUUAACACCACUUUGGAUAAGUAUUCCAACCUGUACAUAUAUGUGGGCUUAUUCCUGAGCCUCCUGGCCAUUCUCCUCCUCUUACUCUUCAUAAUGCUCCUUCGGUUCAAACAUGUUAUCUCACCCAUCAACACUGAGAGCACAGAAAGUGUUCCUGAAUUCACAGAUAUAGAGAUGCAGAGUCGAAUUCCCACUUAUUAA